UACGCGCUCAUUUUCUCCUCCCACUCACCUUUCUUUCCUCUCCUCUGACGAGAGAGGCGGCGCCAUGGUCGCCCAGCUACCACGCCGGCGCGGCCGCGCUUGCUCGCCUGAGCUCGCACGCGUGCGUUCAUCGAAGCGAGCGGCUCUGUCAAUCUCGUCUUUCCGGGGUAGCGCGCGUGGCUGGGGCGGCUGCUGAACGCCGGUGAUGGUGCGCCGGCAACCAGGACGCGCCGGCCACGACGCGUGCCACGGAGAUUCGUCUCCCACCAUGCGCCAUCCUCGUUCCCUCCGCCGGCAAGGGAACACGGGAGAGCCGACCAGCAAGAAGAGAUGGCGGCCAGGGGACUGCGGUGUGCUGCUGCUCGCCGGCCCCUUCUCCACAGCGCCGCCGGCGACCUCGUCCGCUACGAGAUCGCUUCCACCGGCCAGCUUGCGCGGUUUUUUGAAGGCUGAUGCAGCUCGCAGGGGUUGCAGCGAUGCCCUGCCUGCGUGCUUACGAAAAUGCCAUGCGGCUGCUGCUGAACAGGUCGUGGCGGCGAGUUCACCGCACUGCACCCUUAGUGGUGGCGCUAUCUCGGUUUUGGCUACAAUUCUCUCAGGGCAAGGAGGACGACUAAAUGACAGACAAGAUGGAAGUAGUAUAGGUGUAGUACUGAAGCUUGAGUACCUAGGAACAAAUAAUACAGGACAAGGAGGACGACUUAAUGGCAGACAAGAUGGAACCAGUACUUAAUCCGGAGUACCCAGAGACAACUGAGACAUGUAUCGGUUCUUCUUCGUUUCUUAUAAGCAUCAGUUGUACAAUGGUGAGCUUCCUGUAGCUUCGUAAAGACAAUUUGAACCUCUGAGACAUUUUUAAUCUGCACGGAAAAUGUUUGUUUUGGUGCAGCUGCCAUCUGUAUAGAAUCUUGAUUUGUUAGUGGUAAAAAAACGCCGCCUUAAAGCUGGUGCGGCUGAUGGACGAUGGAUGGCUAGCUGCUCGGCAUGAUCUUGGUCACUGCCUCACUGCAGCAGUAGCCUGCUGCUCCAGGAAGCCACCAGCAGAGGAUGGAUGGCAAGGCUCUUGCUUAUCCAAUGUAGACCAAAUGCGUCGCUGGUAAGCGAUGAUGAGGUGGUGUUACUCGAACCCUCCAGCAGAGGACGGAGGAGCUGGCUGGUCUGCAGCAUGGUGCACCCUUUUGUUGUUGCUGCAUGUUGACGACCUAUGAGGGGUCGAUUUGUGAGCGGAUGAUGAGUCGAGCGGUGGUGUUAUUAUUAUUAUUAUUAUUAUUAUUAUUAUUAUUAUUAUUUUACUGUUUUUGAUGUC